UCAGCAACGCUCCGUACCGUCAACAUCCCCUAUUCCCGGAUCUCCUCAGCUGCCGCCAAGAGUCUGCCGUAACCGGCCGGGGGGGACAACGUGAACAACCGGGAACAUUACGCCAACAGCAGGCCGGUCGCUGUUCUCGGUCAUAACACGUCUGAGGGACUUUUUCCACGUCCGUCUGCAUCAUGGAAGUGGACGGGUUCGUCUCCCCGCAUUCUACCCUGGAGUCACCGGCCGUGGACAGGCGGGUCACGGGCGCUAUAGCCGCGACGGGCUUUGGGAUCCUCGGCGGCAGCGUCCUGGACGCCACGGGAGGGCUUGUCGGGUCUUUCUCACCAAGAGUGAUGGGGGAGCCGGACUUUGUCUCGACGUUGCACCGAACGACCACCGAGCCCUCGGCCUGCGCGGAGCCAGAAAUAGACUAUGAAGGACUGCCUCAAGGAGCCCCCAGCAGCACACACAUGCUGGCCGGAGCCGUGGCGGGGAUCAUGGAGCACUGCCUGAUGUACCCCAUCGACUGCGUCAAGACUCGCAUGCAGAGCCUGCACCCGGAGCCGGGGGCGCGCUACCGCAACGUGAUGGAUGCGCUGCAGCAGAUCGUCCGGACGGAGGGGGUGUGGCGGCCAAUCCGGGGGGUCAACGUACUGGCAGUGGGGGCUGGACCUGCACACGCUCUGUACUUCGCCUGCUACGAGAAAAUCAAGUUUUCACUCAGCGACGCCAUUCACCCUGGCGCCAACAGCCACUUCGCAAACGGAGUCGCAGGCUGUGCAGCUACUGUCCUACAUGACGCCAUCAUGAACCCAGCAGAAGUGGUGAAGCAGCGGGUGCAGAUGUUCAACUCCCCGUACCGCGGGGUGAUGGACUGCAUGGCCUCUUUGCUGAGACAGGAAGGUGCGGCCGCCUUCUACCGCAGCUACACCACCCAGCUGACCAUGAACGUGCCCUUCCAGGCGCUGCACUUCAUGACCUACGAGUACCUGCAGGAGCUCCUCAACCCUCACAGACAGUACAACCCUUCCUCCCACGUCGUGUCAGGGGCUCUCGCCGGAGCCUUGGCCGCCGCCGCCACCACCCCCCUCGACGUCUGCAAGACCCUCCUCAACACGCAGGAAGCUCAGGCCGUCCACGUGAUCCAGGCCGGAGCGGCGGCGGUGGCCCCGGGCCCCGGAAGCCGCUACAUCUCCGGGCUGGGCGAGGCUUUCCGGACUGUGUACAGGACGGGGGGCGUGCCGGCGUUUUUUAAAGGCGUCCAGGCCAGAGUCAUCUACCAGAUGCCUUCCACCGCCAUCAGCUGGUCUGUGUACGAGUUCUUCAAGAACGUCAUCACAAAGCGGCAGCACGAAAAGAGGCUGCGGGGUGAACGGGACGGCGACAAAUGAAUAAGCGCCAUUAGAGCGGUAACAACCCUGAACGUGCGGUUCUGUUCAGAAGGAAGGGCAGGUUGUUGGCGCUAAAAGUCAACUUUAUUUUGUUUACUGGAAUAAUGUGUAACCUAGUUCAUAUGAUAAUCCAGGGAAGGCAUCUGGACCUUUAUGGGCUCUGAGGCUGAUCUGGAGUUAGCGGGAAGUUGUGACUCCAGCUAAGUUUCUUCUAGUGUUCAUUUCUAACUGGCUUUUCCAAACGGUCGUGCUCAUGAAUGUGACUUAUAAGGCGCCGCUGUUUGCUGACCACCAGAGGGCACAGUGUUGGGCUACCACACUUGCACAGAUGCAACAGAGAUGACCUUUAUGCACCGGUCUCUCUAUGAAAACCUUCUGCUGUGUCCCAGGAAGAUCAGCGAGGAGCCCAGACUCUGGUGCGUCUUCCUCUGCACUUCCAGGGGUCCUCAGCAGUCCCUCUGAUGGGAGCCCUCCCAAGGUUUGUUUGCCCCCGUUUUGCACAUUGGUGGAUUUCUGGACGCUAUUAGCAGAUGGCAUACAGUCCAACUCUGAUCAGAGCAAGUAAAUGAAAACAGGCUGAAAUAGGAAAAAUAAAAGAGCAUAAAAUGAUGUCGGCAUGUGGAGCCAACAGAGACGAAUGAUGACUGACAGCAGGCAUGGGCCGCUAUGUCACUUUCACCGCAUCGUGGUAUAUACCCAAAAUAGGAAAAAAACGAGAUCUAAGGGGCUUUUAUUUAGAACAGAACAGCAUCAACUAUUCCUCCUCCUGCUGGAAUAACGAGAGAUUAGAUAUUUCUAAGUUAUCAGAAAUAGAAUAAACACCUGCUUAGUUUAGUGGUGAUCAAAUGUGAUGAUGGCACAGAAUACUUUGCGUAAUGUUAGAGGGUUGAUUGGUCGACCUGUCAGCUGGAAUAGCUUCAGACUACACAGCAGAUUUUAAACCACAUCACCUUCCUGACAUCUGCUGAUGUGGCUCAUUUAGUCCACGUCAUGCCUGUCUGUUUAUCACAGCCAUAAAUGACUCCAAGCAUAUGGACUUUUGCUAUUUAUUACCCAGGAAGAAGACUGAUAGCCUUUUUUUUUCAGCCAGCUGACCGGCUGUGUGCAGCCGCUGUUUGUGGGAGGAGCAGCCCUGUGUUACAUCCUGCUGGGGACUCACUUCUGGCCCCUUUAGGAGUUUCUCUGACAUCUGGUAAAGUGGUUAGAGUCGUUAAGUCUUUAACUCCAGUAUAUACCUCGAUACGGGUAGCCGCCCAUGCCUGACCGGCAUUCUGAGACGUUGGCUUCGUCAUUAGGAUCCGAUCCAUCAGGUCACAUCCCUUAUCAAGUGAAUUUUGAACACUUUAUUUAUAUAUCAAACAAAAAAAAAGUUUAUUUUUGUCAGUAUUUUGUACUGGGGGGGAGGGGGGGACUGCACACUACAGUAGCACUUACAUGCGAAUAGUUAAUGGGAUUUAGUAGGAUCUGUGUAAAUACAAGUGCUGACAGGAGGAGGUAGUUACUCCUACACAUGCCUUCAGUUAGCCGCCAUACAGCCAACGCACAACUCCACAAAUCCUCCCACAUGGGUUCUUGUGUUGAAGCCAGAAGCUGGAGAGAUGUAGAAGAUGUAUCUAAAGAGCUUAAAAAAAAAAACUCCCACUUUUUUUAUUUUGAAAGAAAUCUAAAUUUAUACAAGUUCUAUCAAGGCAUUGCUGUAAAUGAGCAGAGAUUUGCACCUUGAACGAAAGCCUGGAUGCAGGGAAAGCUUUUCCUCAAGCGAUGCCGAGGUUGCAAAACUGGAAAGCCAAAGACCGAGAGCUAAUAAAGGACGGGAAGUGCUUUGUCAGAUGAACACACUUAAUAUGAAAUGCUUGAACAGUGUUUGAAAGCGACGCCUGUUUUCUGUGUGAAUUGUAAAUAAAGUCGCUAAGGCAGCUCCUCGCAGAAGCAGGGUCUUCUCUUGGUGCUGGCUCGCCAAGCGCUGAGAGACUA